UAAAGUCCGGGGUGUUGAAAAAGCCUCCGUCCCCUUCUUUUCUCCUCUCAUUCCAACAAUUAUAUAAACCCCAUUGCCACCUCCAAGAACACAAUCUCACUUCUUUCUUCAUUCAUAUGAAACCGUGAUUUAUAUGCAUAUAUAUAUACAUAUCAAUACCGUUUAAUUUGGAGCGCUAUAAAACCCUAAUCCCAUUUGGAAUCGGAUUGGAAAAGCUUUAAGUUUUUACACCAGUUUGUUUGCCCAAUCCCUGCCAACACACAAGCUCUAUAAUCAAAACCUCUUUAAUCUAAGGUAAGGAGGUUUGCUUCACUCGAUCAAUCGAUAAACAAGUUGAGAAGUUAAUUAUUUUACUAAACAUCCGUGGUUGGGACUCUGUAAAGUGGGCAAUCAAGAGCGUUUUUAGGAGGUUUUUUUGCCCCACGUUUUUUUUUUUUUUUUUGCUUUUUUGGUUUUUCUAGGGUUUAGUGUUUUCUGACUGUAAUGGAUGAUCUCGAAAAGGCAAUUUUAAUAAGUUUCGAUGAAUCUGGUGCGGUUAAUUCGGUGCUAAAAGAACAAGCUGCUGCUUUUAUUCAGCAAAUUAAAGAGACCCCAUCAGUCUGUAGCAUAUGUGUAGAGAAGUUGUGUUUUUCUGAGCUAGUUCAGGUUCACUUUUGGUGUUUGCAGUGCCUCCAUGAGGCGCUUCGCAUUAAGUACUCAUCAAUGACACCGGAGGAGAAGUCUUUUAUUAGGAAAUCUGUGUUCUCGUUGGCGUGUUGCGAACCUGUCCAUGCUAGUAAUAGUAAUUCAGUGAGGAUUUUGGAGGGUCCAGCAUUUAUUAAGAAUAAGCUUGCUCAGGUUGUCGUGACAUUGAUUUACUUUGAGUAUCCAUUAAGCUGGCCAUCUGUUUUUGUUGAUUUCUUGCCAAAUUUAAGUAAAGGAGCUGUGGUCAUUGAUAUGUUUUGUCGGGUUCUAAAUGUGCUGGAUGAUGAAUUAAUUAGCUUGGACUAUCCACGCAGUGGAGAUGAUGUGGCUCUUUCGGGGAGGAUUAAGGAUGCGAUGAGAGGGCAGUGUGUGCCUCAGAUCGUGGGGGCUUGGUAUGACAUUGUUUCGAUGUAUAGGGAUUCAAACCCUGACCUGUGUUCUAGUGUGUUGGAUUGUAUGAGGAGGUACAUUUCGUGGAUUGACAUUGGGUUGAUUGCCAAUGAUGCAUUUAUUACAUUGUUGUUCCAACUGAUGUUGGUGGAUGGGAUACUGGAUCAGCUUCGAGCUGCUGCAGCAGGAGUGGUUCUUGCGGUAGUUUCAAAAAGGAUGGAUUACAAAUCAAAGCUUGCUCUUUUGCAAAGCCUUCAGAUAAGAAGGGUUUUUAGGUUGGUUGCAGGGGAUAGUAACUCAGAGUUGGUUUCUAGCGUGGCUUCUUUGCUCACUGGGUAUGCGACUGAACUUUUGGAAUGUUCCAAGCGUUUGAACUCAGAGGAUGGUAAAGGAGUUUCAUUAGAACUCCUAAAUGAGGUUCUGCCAUCAGUUUUUUAUGUCAUGCAGAACUGUGAAGUUGAUUCAGCGUUCAGCAUUCUGCAGUUUCUCUCAGUUUAUGUUAGCACAAUGAAGAGCCUUCCUGGGCUGACUGAGACACAGCUGCUUCAUGUGGGCCAGAUAUUGGAUGUUAUUCGUGCACAGAUUCAGUUUGAUCCCAUGUACCGCGGUAAUCUGGAUUCGUUGGACAAGAUCGGUAGGGAAGAAGAAGAUAGGAUGGUGGAGUUCCGGAAAGAUGUAUUUGUAUUGCUCCGUAAUAUAGGUCGUGUUGCACCAGAUUUGACUCAGAUAUUUAUCAGAAACUCAUUGGCUAGUGCCGUCUCAUCCUCAGAAGAUAGAAAUGCUGAAGAAGUUGAAGCAUCUCUUUCCUUAUUUUAUGCGCUUGGAGAAUCAUUAACUGAUGAUGCAGUGAGGACUGGGAGUGGUCUACUGGGAGAAUUGGUCCCAAUGCUUUUGUCAACAACUUUUCCUUGCCACUCCAACAGACUAGUUGCACUUGUCUAUUUGGAUACAAUAACAAGAUAUGUGAAAUUUGUAUCAGAGAAUACACAAUAUAUCCCAAUGGCAUUGCGUGCCUUUCUUGAUGAGAGAGGUGUACACCACCCAAAUGUCAAUGUAAGUCGAAGGGCAAGUUAUCAGUUCAUGAAGGUUGUGAAAUUGCUCAAAGCGAAGCUUGUGCCUUACAUCGAGACAAUCCUGCAGAGUCUACAGGAUACAGUGGUCCAAUUUACUAAGACGGGCAGUGCCUCAAAGGAACUUCCAGGAACUGAAGAUGGAACUCAUGUUUUUGAGGCUAUUGGCUUGUUAAUUGGGAUGGAAGAUGUACCCCCUGAGAAGCAAUCUGAUUAUCUUUCAGCACUGCUAACUCCACUGUGUCAGCAGGUUGAGGUGGCCCUCUUAAAUGCCAAAUCUCGUAAUCCUGAAGAGACUCUUGCGCAGAUUGAAAAUAUCCAGCAAAUGAUUACGGCCAUUAAUGCUCUUAGCAAGGGCUUCAGUGAGCGUCUUGCAACUGCUAGUCGCCCUGGAAUUGGUCUCAUGUUCAAAAAGACUCUGGACAUUCUCCUACAAGUACUUGUUGUGUUCCCAGAGAUACAACCCCUGCGGUGUAAGGUCACAUCUUUCAUCCACCGUAUGGUGGACACUUUAGGAAACUCCGUAUUUCCCUAUCUUCCAAAGGCACUUGGCGAGUUGCUUGGAGAAAGUGAGCCGAAGGAACUGGUGGGUUUUCUUGUACUGCUUAACCAGCUUAUCUGCAAAUUUGGUACUGGGGUCGGUGAAAUAUUGGAAGUUAUAUACCCUGUGAUUGCUAGUAGGACAUUCAAUAUUCUUCCGAGGAGUGAUAUUCAGUCGGGACCGGGCAGCUGCCCUGAGGAAAUCCGUGAGUUGCUAGAGCUUCAGAGAACAUUCCUUAUAUUUCUACAUGUUAUGGCUAUGCAUGAGCUCUCGUCAAUUUUCUUGUCCCCCAGAAGUAGUGGAUACUUGGAUUUGAUGAUGCAGUUGCUAUUGUAUGCAUGUUGUAACCAUAAGGAUAUCGUUAUAAGAAAGGCAUGUGUUCAGAUCUUCAUCAGGCUAAUAAGUGAUUGGUGUCCUGAUCAUGGCAAAGAAAAGGUACCUGGUUUCCGGAGUUUCAUAAUUGAAGCAUUCGCAACGAAUUGCUGUCUGUACAGUGUGCUAGACAAAUCCUUUGAGUUUCGUGAUGCAAAUACUGUGGUCUUGUUUGGUGAAAUAGUAUUGGCUCAAAAGGUCAUGUACGAGAAAUUUGGCAAUGAUUUUCUUCUUAAUUUUGUAUCAAAAGGUUUUCCAAAUGUCCAUUGCCCUCAAAACUUGGCAGAACAGUAUUGUCAAAAGCUGCAGGGUAAUGACCUUAAAGCAUUGAAAUCGUUCUACCAGUCCCUCAUUGAAAAGUUGAGACCACAACAAAAUGGCAGCUUGGUUUUCAGAUAACAAAUUGACAACAUUCUUCCAUACUCCAAGGUUUCUUUCAUGUAAAUAUUAUUUGUUUGCUUUUCGUGGACAAUGAGGUGUAAAUUUGCGGAAGUUCAUUGUUUCCAUAUGAAACUUUAUCCGUCUCAUUUUUGGUGCUCAUCUUUUGAUUAAAGUGUCGGCAACAAUUGCCAUUGAGCAGGGUAGGAUCCUGGACCUCUGAUUUUAGUGUUCUAUACUGUGAGAAACAGGGAAUUUUUUGAUUUAACACUUUUGACUCCUUUGCUCUUCCCCCCUUCUCUCUGUCUCUCUCAUCAUUGCGAGCUUUCUUGUUGAGAGAAGCAGAAAACAAGUUUUGUAUUCAUUAUUGAUUCUUGGAGCUUAAAAUUUUUCAUAGAACUGCAGUGCUGUUUCUCUUGUGAUCACAUUAACUUCAUUCUAUUCAUUAAUUUCUUAUUUAGCAUUUCUGUA